AUGGUCGGCGUGUACACUCUCGUCGAGCUUCGGGAUCAAAUAAGAAUAUACCGCGCUCGGUUCGGCGAGACGAACGAUGUCCGCGGCCGCAUCCUGACCGACAGUAUCCCCGACAGUUGGACCGAUGACCGUAUGCUCGGCCUUCGUGCAACUGUGCAGAUCGUACUAGACAGCCAUCUCAACUGGGAUGCAAUCGCGGAGUUCUUCGAGGGCGAGUUAUUCACACCGGAAUGGAUCGCGUCACUCGAACCUACUGACCUCAAGGACUGGCUGGGGGACCACGGCAUUAUGGCGCUGAGGUUUGUGGGUCCGGAGCCCACCGCGGCGAAUUUUGAGGCUAUAAUAGACACGUUGAACCGCCUUCACGUCGGCGCUCGGCUGGGCCGCAGGGUGCACUACCGCGAUGACGGCUCUGACCGCCUGCCCGACGUUAGCGGGCAUCCGGACGACUUUAUAUUCGAGGUUCUUCUGGACGACAACCGCUGCUUUCGUUGCCGCGAGAGAUGUUCGCGCGAGGUUAUUUGA